AUGGUUAUGGACUGCCCGUAUAACCGGUUCAACAAAGUAUGGCGGGCGGUGGACCCGUUCCACAACACCAGUCAGUACUACGAGAAACAAUUUUAUCAAAAACAACAACGUAUUACACGCGAACACAACGAAAUCGUAUCACCGAGGACAAAAAAAAACAAGGCAAUAGAGAUUGCAGAGAGGUUUCCCAAGGCGGGCAGCGCCUACACCUACGCAUAUGUAGGCGUCGGCGAGCUAUGGGCCUUUGUUAUCGGUUGGAAUAUCAUACUGGAACACAUGCUGGGAGCCGCAGCGGUAGCCCGCUCAUGGUCCGGAUAUUUGGAUUCACUGUUAGGAAACGUCAUCUCAAACACUACAAUUGAACGAGUCGGUCGCAUUGAGAACUCGUCCUUUUUUGGUGACUACCCGGACGUUGUUGCAUUUCUGCUGAUUGUCGUUGUUGGCAUUUUCGUCGCCCUCGGCUCAAAAGUCUCAACAAACUUCAAUUCCGUCUUCACCAUUGUAAACAUGGCGGGAGUGAUAGUCCUUGUCGUUGGAUACGGUAUUACGUUCGCGGACUUCUCUUUAUGGAGUGGCACUAACGAAGAGGGCGUGUCAAACUUCUUCCCGUAUGGUGUGAACGGUAUGUUGGCAGAUCCCGCUCGCUCAAUCCCAAUCGCCACAUUUGCUUCGAUGUCCGUAGUCACAUUGGCCUACAUAGCUAUGUCUUCGGCGCUGACCCUCAUGGUUCCAUACUAUCAGGUGCCCAUCAACGCCGUACUGGUGUUCGGUUCGAUAACGGCCUGCAUUGCACUGCUGUUCGACAUCGAAACUCUGGUCGAAUUCCUCUCCAUCGGCACGCUGCUUGCAUACUCAAUCGUCUCAGCUUGUGUGAUUAUUCUUCGUUACCAACCAGCUCGAUACCCGGAGGAUGGCAGUUUCGAUAACGGUACAGAUGACAUUGUUUUGGACAGUUUUUCAGUAUCGUUCUUGAACACGUUUUGCUCACUGAAGCGUCCCUUGAGAUACACAAGUGCUGGCGGAAAAAUGAAAUUCACAUUCCCCGGAAGUGCAUAUCUGGAGCAAUUCGAUCCCGGUCAUGCGGUCCAUUAUGGUGUGGUGGUGAUGAUGAUUGGCUUCACUGGAUUUGGACUGUGCUUGAGUUCAGGACACUUCCAAGAAAUGGCUGGAAUGGUGACAGCCUCAUUUUUCGGCGCAGUUUCAAUAUUAUCGUUGGUAUUCAUUAUGGCUCACCAUCAGAAUUCAACUCCACUUGAUUUCAAGGUACCAUUAGUACCUCUCGUACCUGCUCUGAGUCUUCUUAUCAACGCCCUGAUGAUGCUCCACCUUGCACCGAUAACCUGGCUAAGACUCGCAGUUUGGAUGGCUAUAGGUCUGGGUAUCUAUUUCAUCUACGGCAUACGUCAUUCUCGGGAGGAACUGCUGCCAUCAUCACCGGAAGCCCGCUUCUCGAAGAGCAGCACGUAUGAAUCCGUGGUGUCCGCCACUACUGCUGGCUCGGCAACCUGA